AUGGAAAAUCAACGGAUAAUCAAAAGUAUUAAAUCUCCUUCUUCUUUGAAUUCUAAAUAAUCUACUAAAUAUAUCUAAUGUAAAUAAUAGUAUAAUAUAUCAAAUAGAACCAAAUGUACUCUUUUAGUAACAUCCAACACAAAUAGUCAAGAAAUCUGCUUAAUAAAAUAUCCCUCCAAUUCCUCUUAAGUAAGUAAACAACAUACUACAAACAAGAGAAACUCCAAUUUUUAAAUAGUCUCAAGAUGAACGAUACUCUUAUACAAAGUAUAAAAUCAUACAUAUUCUAUAUUAGAGAUGCCACAUGUUUAAUGGCUAAAUUAGAUUCACUAAGAGAAAUUAAAUCAGCAGAUAGCCCAAUAAGAAAUCAUGUCUCUCCUAUACCUUCUACAUUAUAAAGUGUUGUAGUUCUCAGUUAAAAUAAUGCUGUUAAACCCUAACUGUUAUAAUAAGUUGCUUGUUCUAGUUGUGUGGAACCAUUCAAAAUAUAUAAUAAUAAUAAGAAUGUUAAUCAAAGUUAAUAGUUAAGCUAAACACUACCUCCAAAAAAGAAUUAUGAAUCUAUGAUAUAAACACUUAUGAAUGAAUAAGAACUAUUAGUUAAAUAAUAUAAUGAUAAAAUUAAACUAUUGGAAUAGAAAAAUUAGGAGCUAUCAUAAGAAAAUAAUAAUUUAGUUGAAUAAAAUAAAUUAUUUUUAGACUAAAACUUAUAGUUAAAGAAUGAAGUAACUUAAUUUCAAUUAAAAUAAUAAUAAACAAAUGUAAUAUAUUCAAAUGAAGAUACAAAGAAAACUGUUUAAUUUUUGGAACAUGAAUUAGAGUAAAAGAAGGAAGAACUUAAUUAAUUGAUAUAGAAUAUGAAUGAAAUUCUUUCAAUUAAUUAAAAAACAGAAGAAAAAAAUAAUGAACUAUCAUAAUAAAUAAAUAUUAUUUUAGAAUAGAAGGAAAAAGAAAUUAAUGCUUAUUUCACUCAAAUAAGUAUGUAUAAGUAAACAAUUUAAGAUCUUGAAUAAAAAAUUGUAUAAUUAAUUUCAAAUGAUUCAUUACAAUAAUAAAAAUUGAAAGAAGCUUAGACUAAAAUAAUAUAAAUAGAAUAAUCAGAUAAAAAUAAAUAAAAUUCAUAAUAAUAAUAAUAAUAAUAAAAAGUAUAAUAUAUUUAUAUUAAAUUAGUAUAAUGUAAAAGAAACAUUUGAAUACAAAUAAUUAGUUUUAGAAUUGGAUAGCAAAUGUGUUACAAUAACAGAAAAAGAAAACUAAAUUGAAACUUUAAAGAUUAAAAAUUAAAUGUUUUAAUAGUAAUUAGCACAAUAAUAAUAAUGUUAAAUAUCUAUUAAAGAUCAUUAAGAUGUUUUAAUAUAAAAAGAAAGAGAAAAUGAUGAUUUAAAAUCUAAUUUGAUUAAUAAAGAUGAAGAAAUUGAAAGAUUAAAUUAAUAAUUAAAAUUUGUAAGGAAAGAGAAGGCAAAAUUAUCUAUAAAUUUAAUGAAUGCUGGUAUGGCAAAUCUUGUGAUGUUAUCUUAAGGACAAUAUUAAUAAGAUGAGAUUACUGUAUGA